GUGCCGCUCGGGUUGUUUUUGUGCGUCGUCCGUCGCCCAGUCUCGCCCAGUCGCUCAGUCGCUCAUUCGCCCCGUUCGCCGCUCGUUCGAUCGCUCUCGCUACUCGCCGCGUUCGCCGCUUUUGGCCAACAACAACAAUCAGUUCGCCGUCGCCAAAACAAACAAAAAUCGAAAACAACAAAAAGAUCUAUGGAUCAUCUAUAUUGAGAAACAAAAAGUCAGAGAAAUACUAGAUCAGAGUUAUAUAUCUCUCGGAUAUAUUCAAGUGCCAGUGACGAGAAUCUGUUUUUUUACCGUGUUGCCAGUGCCAAACCAUAAACAUCGCAUAAACAAACAAAUAUCUGGAAUACAAUAUACAUACUCAUGCUAUAACUAUAUAGUAUAGUGUAGCUGGAUCUGAAAACAAGUCCCCAUUGGAAUACAGCACCGUUUCGCUUCACGUUUUGUUUGUGUUUUUUUUUCGAUCCGAUCGGAAGCACCUAGAGCGGACAUCCAGUGCCCGUCAUCCAGCGCCAGAACACCGACCAGAGUCAGCCGAGUGAGUGGUCCGGAACAGCCAUUCAGGGACGGAACAUAGAGUAUCUGGGAGAAUAUAGGAGCCGGAGGCCAGUGGAGACACACAGCUUCAACGUGGCGCUGCACUCGACCGAGGCCUUGAUGGCGGCGGGCUUCCUCAAGUCGGGCGACCUGGGCCCCCAUCCGCACAGCUACGGGGGUCCCCAUCCGCACCACUCGGUGCCCCACGGCCCCCUUCCGCCCGGCAUGCCCAUGCCCUCGCUGGGGCCCUUCGGCCUCCCACACGGACUGGAGGCCGUCGGGUUCUCCCAAGGUAUGUGGGGCGUUAACACACGGAAACAGCGUCGCGAACGCACCACAUUCACACGCGCCCAAUUGGACGUUUUGGAAGCCCUUUUCGGCAAGACCCGUUAUCCGGACAUUUUCAUGCGCGAAGAAGUGGCCCUCAAGAUCAAUCUGCCCGAAUCCAGAGUACAGGUGUGGUUCAAGAACCGCCGUGCCAAGUGCCGCCAGCAGUUGCAGCAGCAGCAGCAGUCGAACAGCUUGAGCAGCUCGAAGAACGCCAGCGGCGGUGGCAGCGGCGGCAGUUGCGGCAGCUCCUCGGCCAACAGUCGCAGCAACAAUGGCAACAACAACAGCAGCGGCAACAGCAAUGGCAAUUCGCAGGGCAACAACAAGUCCAGCCAGAAGCAGGGCAAUUCACAGUCGAGCGGAUCGUCGGGCAACAACAACAACAACAGCAACAACAAUUCGGCGGCAGCGGCGGCCAGUGCAGCGGCAGCGGUGGCAGCGGCCCAAUCGAUCAAGAGUGCGCACCACAGUUCCUUCUUGAGCGCCGCAGCGGCGGCAGCGUCCAAUCAGUCGGCCCAAAGCAGCAACAACAACAACAAUCAGCAGCAACAGCAACAACAACAACAAGGCGGCAACUCAACGCCCAACAGCAGCAGCAGCAGCGGCGGCGGCGGCGGCGGUUCGAGCGGCCACCUCUCAGCGGCAGCGGCAGCGGCGGCCCUCAACGUGACCGCCGCCCACCAGAACUCCUCGCCGCUCUUGCCCACGCCGGCCACGUCGGUCAGUCCGGUGAGCAUUGUGUGCAAGAAGGAGCACUUGUCCGGCGGCUACGGCGGCGGCGGUGGUGGCGCCUCCUCCGGCGGCCUCAAUCUGGGCGUUGGUGUGGGCGUGGGCGUGGGUGGCGUCGGUGGCGUGGGCGGUGUGGGCGUCUCGCAGGAUCUGCUCCGUUCGCCCUACGAUCAGCUGAAGGAUGCCGGCGGCGACAUUGGGGCCGGGGUGCAUCAUCAUCACAGCAUCUAUGGAUCGGCGGCGGGCAGCAAUCCGCGACUGUUGCAGCCGGGCGGCAACAUCACACCGAUGGACAGCAGCAGCAGCAUCACCACCCCAUCGCCGCCUAUUACACCCAUGUCGCCGCAGUCGGCGGCCGCAGCGGCACAUGCCGCCCAGUCGGCCCAGUCCGCCCAUCAUUCCGCCGCCCAUUCGGCGGCCUACAUGUCCAACCACGAUUCGUACAACUUCUGGCACAACCAGUACCAGCAGUAUCCCAACAACUAUGCCCAGGCGCCCAGCUAUUACUCGCAGAUGGAGUAUUUUAGCAACCAGAAUCAGGUGAACUACAACAUGGGCCACUCCGGCUAUACGGCCUCCAACUUUGGGCUCUCCCCGUCGCCGUCCUUCACCGGCACGGUCUCCGCGCAGGCCUUCUCCCAGAACAGCCUGGAUUACAUGUCGCCGCAGGACAAGUACGCGAAUAUGGUGUAGAACCUACUCUUCCAGUACUGCAGUGGCGGCAGCAGC